AAGUCCUUUCAGUACUCAAGUACUUUGUCACAGCAACGGGAAGAGUAACAAAUAAAUGUGCUAACAACAACAACGACGACAACAACAACAAUCUAUGCAGUGAGGGUGUGAGGGAGGGCACAGAGGAGAGAGACGCAGAAAAACUGUCGGUUCCACAGUGAUGCCCCACAGCCCGGGACACGAUGUCCUCAUCAGAGGACUUGAGGAGAUGGGACGGAGGUUGUCUGGAGACAGGUUGAUGAGGGUGUGGUCAUAAGGUGGGGAUGGAACUCAGACAACUCCCAGGUUCUGGCCUGGAGGCUGGAAAAUGCUGACUUGGUUCAGGAAAACACAGGGCAGGAAAAGACUGAGGCUCGGGUGAGUUAGAUUUCGGCCAUAGCUAAAGUGGGAUGUCCAAGUACAGCUGUGCUGGCCCAUGGGAACUGGAAUUCAGGGGAGACGCCGAUGAAUGCUGGAUCGAGCUUCUCUCUUCACCGACAUUCCUCAAACACUGUUUUGAGCCACUAACGAAUGAUUCCAGGCCACCGAGGAAGCGAAAACAGAGCCGCCUCCGUAGAGACAGCAAAUGGAAAGUAUGCCCAGAAAUUGUUUAGCGAUCUUUUUGAAGACUACUCCAAUGCUCUGCGUCCAGUAGAAGAUACGGACGCGGUGCUGAACGUCACUCUGCAGGUCACGCUCUCCCAGAUAAAGGACAUGGACGAGAGAAAUCAGAUUCUGACAGCCUACCUGUGGAUCCGCCAAACUUGGCACGAUGCGUACCUCACGUGGGAUCGAGACCAGUAUGACGGGCUGGACUCCAUCAGGAUUCCCAGCGAUCUGGUGUGGAGGCCGGACAUUGUCCUCUACAACAAGGCCGAUGACGAGUCUUCAGAGCCGGUGAACACCAACGUGGUCCUGCGGUACGAUGGGCUCAUCACCUGGGACUCACCAGCCAUCACCAAAAGCUCCUGUGUGGUGGAUGUCACCUAUUUCCCCUUCGACAGCCAGCAGUGCAACCUGACCUUUGGUUCCUGGACCUACAAUGGGAACCAGGUGGACAUAUUCAAUGCCCUGGACAGUGGUGACCUCUCUGACUUCAUUGAAGACGUGGAAUGGGAGGUUCAGGGCAUGCCUGCCGUGAAGAACGUCAUCUCCUACGGCUGCUGCUCGGAGCCUUACCCAGACGUCACCUUCACUCUCCUUCUGAAGAGGAGGUCUUCCUUUUACAUUGUCAACCUCCUCAUCCCUUGCGUCCUCAUAUCGUUCCUCGCUCCGCUGAGUUUCUACCUCCCAGCAGCCUCCGGGGAGAAGGUCUCUCUGGGAGUGACCAUCCUAUUGGCCAUGACUGUAUUUCAGCUAAUGGUGGCAGAGAUCAUGCCAGCCUCAGAAAACGUCCCUCUGAUAGGAAAAUACUACAUAGCUACCAUGGCCUUGAUCACCGCCUCCACAGCCCUUACCAUCAUGGUGAUGAAUAUCCACUUCUGUGGGGCGGAAGCCCGGCCAGUACCACACUGGGCCAAGGUGGUCAUCCUGAAAUACAUGUCCAGGAUCUUGUUUGUCUACGAUGUGGGUGAGAGCUGCCUUAGCCCCCGUCACAGCCAGGAGCCAGAACAAAUCACGAAGGUUUAUGGCAAACUUCCAGGGUCCAACCUGAAAGCAUCCAGAAACAAAGACCUUUCCAGAAAGAAGGAACUGAGAAAACUCCUAAAGAAUGACCUAGGGUACCAGGGUGGGAUCCCCCAGAAUACUGACAGCUACUGUGCACGCUAUGAAGCACUGACAAAAAAUAUUGAAUACAUUGCCAAAUGUCUCAAGGACCACAAGGCCACCAACUCCAAGGGCAGCGAGUGGAAGAAGGUCGCCAAGGUCAUAGACCGUUUCUUCAUGUGGAUUUUCUUCGCUAUGGUGUUUGUCAUGACCGUCUUGAUCAUAGCAAGAGCAGAUUAGAAAGAAAGAGGAGGAGUGGGUUGGUAGGCAUUCGAUAUUUGGAGAAAAAAAAAUCAAUAAAUUUCACGUGUGAUCUCCA